AUGGAAGUGACAACAUUCUUCCUGGGGAUUUGCAUAGCAUAUGCCUUAUUUCUGUUGAUACGAUGGUUUCUUGAACGUUACGAGAUUGAAGAUCUUAAAAAUAAAGCAGUUUUUAUCACAGGAUGUGAUAGCGGAUUUGGAAAAGCACUUGCUAUUCGCUGCGCUGAAAGAGGUAUGCCUGUGCUAGCCGGUUGUUUACUUGAGAAGUCUAUCAGCGAGUAUAAGGAACUCUCUAAAAGCUACCGUACUCCAAUCGACGCAUUCCUCCUUGAUGUUACCAGCGAUAAGAGCGUUAUUGACGCUAAAAAGUAUGUGGAAAAUAGGACACAAAAGUACGGCGGUCUCCACGGAGUCGUAAAUAACGCUGGGAUUCUCGGCCACACUUUCUUUGACGACUUUCUUACGUUAGAAGACUAUAAGAAAGUGGCGGAAGUGAACACAUGGGGUGUGAUUCGAGUGACACAAGCCAUGAAAUCGCUUGUGAAAAAAACUAGGGGACGAAUCGUUACGGUCACAAGCGCAUGUUCUCGUGUAGGAGUUAUGAGUAUAGGACCAUAUACAACGUCAAAGUUUGCAAUAAGCGGAUACUGUGACGUCAUUAGGAAUGAGCUUCGAAUGUUUGGUGUUUCAUUGCAUAUAUUGGAACCGGGUUUCUUCAAUACUUAUUUGACUAGCACAGAAAAUGUAGAGAAACAGCUCAACAGUCUCUACGCCAAAUGCUCUGAGGAAGCGAAGAACGAGUACGGCAAGGAGUUCUUCAUCAAAAUGCGAACGAAAACUGCAUGGGUGUUGAGUCUAAUCGGUAGUAACAACAUCGACUAUGUUACCGAUGCUUACUUCCACGCUCUAACAGCUGUGUACCCAAGGACCCGAUACCAAGUCGGUUGGGACAGUAUUCUGAUAUACGCUCCUCUCUCGUUCUUGCCGACUCCCUUGGUGGACUUUCUAACGCAAAUCACAUGUUGGAUGAUACGGGUACCCACCCCGAUCGCUUUGACAAAAGACAAGCAGCCCUAG